GCCCCUCUGCCCCGCUCCCUUCCCCGGCCGCUCCCCGGAGCCCGCACGGUGCCCGGCUGGGUGCGGGGACAGCACCGGGGCGGCUGGCGGUGCCUCUGGACUCCCUCCGCGGUUCAGUGGCUGUGCAGGGAACCAGGAAUGAAGCGGGGAUCCCAGAGCUCGGCCGAUACCUGGUUUUCCUUCAGGCGGUGAUGAGCAUCCGCAUCCCCGCCCGGCUCCGGCGGCCGCAGCUCGGGGCCUCCCUCCCGGCCGUUCCGCAGUCUCCCUUUCCCUCCGCAGGCUGAACACCACGGUCGCACCCCUCUUCUUCACAGACCAGUUCCUGCAGAUCUCCACCUCCCUGCCCUCCCGCUUCAUUUCGGGGCUGGGGGAGCACCUGACACCGCUGUUCCUUGACACAGCCUGGAGCAGGGUCACCCUCUGGAAUCGGGACAUGGCACCCGCGCCCCACGUCAACCUCUACGGCUCCCACCCUUUCUACCUGGUGAUGGAGGACGAUGGUUCAGCCCACGGUGUCUUUCUGCUGAACAGCAACGCGAUGGACGUGCUCCUGCAGCCCAGCCCGGCCCUGACCUGGCGCACCACAGGUGGGAUCCUGGACUUCUACAUCUUCCUGGGCCCCGACCCCAAGAGCGUGGUGCGGCAGUACCUGGAUGUGGUUGGUACGGCUGUGCCAGGGUGGCUGAGCCAGGGUGGCUGUGCCAGGGUGGCUGU